GUGAACAUGGCCCAGGCUGCACGGGCGCUGUGGCCCGGCGGGCGCGCUCUGGCCUGGAGGCUGGGCGGUAGCCCGGCGUCCCGACUCCCGGUGCAGAGCCGGGCUGGCUUCGCUGGGGCGGCCGGAGGCCCAGGCCCUGCAGCCCUCGCCCGCAAGGGGAGCCGGCGGCUCCUGGGGACGGCGGCUCUGGCCCUGGGGGGCGCCGUGGGGCUGUACUACACCGCGCGGUGGCACCUGCGCGCCCAGGAUCUCCGUGCCGAGCGCUCAGCCACGCAGCUCUCCCUCUCCGACCGCCUGCAGCUGACUCUGUACCAGUACAAAACGUGUCCCUUCUGCAGCAAGGUCCGUGCCUUCCUCGACUUCCACGCCCUGCCCUACCAGGUGGUGGAGGUGAACCCUGUGCGCAGGGCCGAGAUCAAGUUCUCGUCCUACAGGAAGGUGCCCAUCCUGCUGGCCCAGGAAGGAGAGAGCUUGCAACAACUGAACGAUUCCUCUGUCAUCAUCAGCGCCCUCAAGACCUACCUGGUGUCGGGGCAGCCCCUGGAAGUCAUCAUCACCUACUAUCCAUCCAUGAAGGCCGUGAAUGACCAGGGCAAGGAGGUGACCGAAUUCUGCAACAAGUACUGGCUCAUGCUGGACGAGAAGGAGGCCCAGCGAAUGUAUGGGGGGAAGGAGGCCAGGACGGAGGAGAUGAAGUGGCGGCAGUGGGCGGACGACUGGCUGGUGCACCUGAUAUCCCCCAACGUGUACCGCACACCCACUGAGGCCCUGGCCUCCUUUGACUACAUCGUCCGGGAGGGCAAGUUCGGGGCCGUGGAGGGCGCCGUGGCCAAGUACCUGGGCGCAGCUGCCAUGUUCCUCAUCAGCAAGCGGCUCAAGAGCAGGCACCACCUCCAGGAUGACGUGCGUGAGGACCUGUAUGAGGCUGCUGACAAGUGGGUGGCAGCUGUGGGCAAAGACCGGCCCUUCAUGGGGGGCCAGCAGCCCAACCUGGCUGAUCUGGCCGUGUAUGGGGUGCUGCGUGUGAUGGAGGGCCUGGAGGCCUUUGACGACCUGAUGCGUCACACCCGCAUCCAGCCCUGGUACCUGCGGGUGGAGAAGGCCAUCGCUGAGGCCCCCCAGUGAGUGAGCGUCGUGCCGGGAGGAACCGGCAGGCUGCAGAAGACGCCGGCUGCCCGGCCCGGGCCACUGGGCCAGCACUUGGCGAUGCUGCGCAGGGCGACAGUCUCAUUCUACCUCUUGUCCACCCCCACCCCGCAGCUUACUGUUUCUAAUACUGGACAUCUGCUGGGACCCUGGGAUGCUGGGGACAGCCCCCUGAGGGGCACAGGGAGGCUACCUCCCCCUCGGCCCUGCCCUGUCUAACCCUGUGGGGGGAUUGGGUUGAGCCCCCACCCUGGCCAAGGGAAACAGGGGCAUCCUGGUUUAGGGAGAGCCCUAUCCUUGACUCCUCAUGGUUCUGCUCUGCCCAAGCACCCCUGGGACUCUGUCUUGUUUGAA